AUGGGAAACAGAUUGGACAAACCAAAGACGGACAAGGAUACCGAUAUUGGCUUUGAUGAGGAAGAUGGGUUGGACUGGGCUGUUUCUUCCAUGCAAGGUUGGCGGGUGACAAUGGAAGAUGCACAUAUCAUUGCUACUUGUAAGGAUAGCUGUGCUCUUUCGAAUACUAACAAUACUAGUAGCUGUGGCGUUGAAAAGUCGGAUACCGCCAUCCAAAGUGGUACUGAUGAUGACAAGUCAUCCACGAAUACAAAACAAGAGAGCAUGCCUGGUAUCAAACAUCAGGACAGUUCUACUGAUCCAAGCAAGAAUGAGGGAGACCAAAGCAAGGGCCAAAGCGAAAAAAGAAAUUGCGAAAUGUUAGAUCCAAAGGGAGGGGAUGAUGCCUUGAAACUUCCUCCACAUCAUUAUUUCUUUUGCGUUUUCGACGGCCACGCUGGUGAGUUUGCAGCUCAAUACGCUGGCAAGAACCUCUUGCCAGUUAUACUGGAACAAGAUGCGUUUCAAGAGUACGAACGAAUCUGGAGGGAGCCCACGCUGUCUACUGGUGAUGCUUCAUCAUCUUCUAUGUCCGUCUCCAAGGAGCUUGGCAACAAGAAACUCAAAACGGAGUUGCAUUCCAAAAAUAUGCAACAAGGCCAGAACAAACAAGUUGACUCGCAUUCUCAGAACCACCCAAGCAACAAGAACAAGGUGGUGACCAAUCAAAAGUUAUUGCUUCAACGCGCCUUGGAAGACGCCUUUGUGGAAUUGGACCUCAUGCUCAUGCAAGACAUGGUCCGUCAAAAUCUGAUCAUUCCACCACCACCACCACCACUGACCGGUACGGACUGUGAAAAUUCUUUGCCUGUGGCCUCCAAUAAUGCUACCACGGGCGAUGCUGAUGGAACACCUGAAGCAAUGGAAAAAGAAGACGAUAAUGCGAGCAAUACUGCGGCCAAAUCGCAAAAAGUAGGAGGUGGUCCUAUUCCUGGAACGACUGCUGUGGCAGUGCUGGUGACGCCCGAUUGGAUUAUGUGUGCCAAUCUGGGGGACAGUCGCGCUAGUCUCUUGGUAUCUUCUUCUAAUGACGACACCGCCAGCAAUAAAAAGAAGGGUAGCCCUUCCGGCGAAGAGGAGCAAGAUCCUUGGACCAUUGUAAAAUUGAGCGAGGACCACAAACCGGACUUGCCAAAAGAGCAAGCCAGAAUCGAAGCGGACAAUGGAUUUGUGAAGGCAGGCCGUGUCGGUGGAGAAUUAUCGGUUUCGAGAGCAUUCGGGGACUUUGAUUUGAAGGAAUCCUAUCCUCCGCAACUUUACGAUUACGAAUCAUCAUUUUCUAUCACCAAACGACAGAAUCAACGCCGAAACAGACGAAUGCAAGCUAGAUUGCAAGGGGACGUGAGCAGCAAUGGAAUUGAUGAAAAAUCAGAUGGGGAGAAAGAAGACGAUAUGGACUGGGAACACCUACGGACAAUUGCUCAGCAAUUGAAAGUAUCUCCCUUCCCCGAAGUCUUUGCACAUCCCCGAGGCAAACCAAAAUAUGGUAUCGAAGAAGGAGUAAAUCAUCCAAAUGGUCGAGAGAAGGUUCUUCUUUUGGGAUGUGAUGGCAUUUGGGAUGUCAUGACGAAUGAGCGCUGUCAUAACUUGGUUCAAGAACGUUUGGCUAAGAGGAAAUCCCGUUUUUGGCUGUCACUUUGGCGGGCAGCCGAAGAGAUCUUUGACAUCUGCUUGGAGAAAGAGUCUGACGACAAUAUGACAAUGAUAGUUGUUCAUUUUUCAGAAGUAUUGAUUGAUGGUGGCAAAAACCAGACUACUGCAUCUGACGGGGUGUCUCGCAAAGGCCAAGGCAGCGAAACUCUUCGGACUAAGACAAAUGAUGAGAUUGUGAAUCGUAGUGGCGAAACCCAGGUUGCGUCGAAAGGAGAAUCAUCAAUUCCGUCAUGA